GGCGGGGAGGGGCCGGAAGCGGUUGGGGCGCAGCGCAAAAGAAGCCUCGCCCUUGGCGCCAGCUCCGCUUUCGUAUCCGCCAAUGGCCAGCUGACUCGCAGGUCCGGGUCCCGGUCCCCAUGGUAGCCCGGCGCGCUCGGUUCUCAUUGGCUGCGUCGGCCGGAGCGUCGCGUUUCGGCGCUUCGACGCCGACUGUGUGCCACGUAUACGGUAGCUGAUUGGGCCGCCCGAGUUUACGUCACUUCCCGCCGGCCGCCGGCCCGAGUUGGGAGGCAGUCGGUCUCCGUCCGGCGUCGUGUCCAGGUUUGCUGCGGUCUCGGCCCUAGCGUCAGCGCGGACUGGGCGGACAAGGCAGAGCCAGAGUUGGUCAGUCUGGCGGGUGAAGGGCGAGGGGCCGGGCACAGCGGCGGGAGUGUGCGGCAGGGGUCCGCCAGGCAGGCCGCGGACACCUCGGAGCCCGGGACUCACUCUCCGGCCGCCCGCAGGCGCAAUGAAGGCACUGAUUUUGGUGGGUGGCUAUGGGACGCGCCUGCGGCCGCUGACGCUAAGCAUCCCGAAGCCGCUGGUGGACUUCUGCAAUAAGCCUAUCUUGCUGCACCAAGUGGAGGCGCUGGCCGCGGCCGGCGUGGACCACGUGAUUCUGGCUGUGAGCUAUAUGUCUCAGGUGCUGGAGAAGGAAAUGAAGGCGCAGGAGCAAAGGCUAGGAAUCCGAAUCUCUAUGUCCCAUGAAGAGGAGCCUUUAGGAACAGCUGGGCCCCUGGCACUGGCCCGUGACUUCCUCUCUGAGACUGCAGACCCUUUUUUCGUCCUCAACAGUGACGUGAUCUGCGAUUUCCCCUUUCAAGCCAUGGUGCAGUUCCACCGGCACCAUGGCCAGGAGGGCUCAAUUCUGGUGACCAAAGUGGAGGAACCCUCUAAGUAUGGCGUGGUAGUGUGUGAGGCGGACACAGGCCGCAUUCACCGGUUCGUGGAGAAGCCGCAGGUGUUUGUUUCCAACAAGAUCAACGCAGGCAUGUACAUCCUGAGCCCUCCAGUGCUACGGCGCAUCCAGCUGCAGCCCACAUCCAUUGAGAAGGAGAUCUUCCCUGUCAUGGCCAAGGAGGGGCAGCUCUAUGCCAUGGAGUUGCAGGGCUUCUGGAUGGACAUUGGGCAGCCCAAGGAUUUCCUCACCGGCAUGUGCCUCUUCCUGCAGUCGCUGCGACAGAAGCAGCCUGAGCAACUGUGCUCAGGCCCCGGCAUUGUGGGCAACGUGCUGGUGGACCCAAGUGCCCGUAUUGGCGAGAACUGCAGCAUUGGCCCUAAUGUGAGUCUGGGUCCUGGUGUGGUGGUGGAGGAUGGUGUGUGCAUUCGGCGGUGCACGGUGCUGCGAGAUGCCCACAUUCGCUCCCACUCCUGGCUUGAGUCCUGCAUUGUAGGCUGGCGCUGCCGCGUGGGCCAGUGGGUGCGCAUGGAGAACGUGACAGUGCUGGGUGAGGACGUCAUAGUUAACGACGAGCUCUACCUCAACGGGGCCAGUGUGCUGCCCCACAAGUCUAUUGGUGAGUCGGUGCCGGAGCCCCGCAUCAUCAUGUGAGGAUGCUGUGGGGCUGGCUGAGCCCCCAUUUCCCCACUGGCAAGGGGAUCACUGGCUCGACACAUCAGGAGGCCCUGGACUCAUUGCCAUCUGACUGGGGAGGAUUGGACAAGGUUGAAGCCAUCGGACACCCGCCUUCUCCUGUGGACAUAAUCUGGCAAGAUCCUUGCUGGGCAUACCCCACAAAGCCCACUCCCUCAAGAUGGGCUGGGCCAGGACUGUAUGGAAUAAUAAUUUAAUGCUCACUGUG